AAUCAAAACCCUUAAUUACUUUGAAUACUUUCCUCACAGAUUGUGUGAAGUGCAGUAAGACAUAUAGUGGAUUAUGCCCAAAACAUCCAAUGACACUAAUACUGGACACUCCUGUUCCUCGUGAUGGAAGUGUAAAUGAUCGUGCCAGCCUUACCAUUCCAUGGCCUCUAAUCCUUAUUGACUCUAAAGUGAAUGGUGCUGGAAAGGGAGUGUCAACCACUGCCACCUUACCCCAGGGACUAGUUUUUGGACCCUGUGAGGGUAAGAUUAUGAAAAAAUCUGACAGAAUAUCAGGAUACGGAUGGGAGAUCUUCGGGAGAUAUAACAUAGAAAUUGAUGCUGAGGAUACUUCUGUAAGCAACUGGCUUCGCUACAUCAACUGUGCUAGAAAUUAUACAGAAAUAAAUCUUAUUGCAAUGCAGAUUCAGAAUGAAAUAUUCUGUGUCACCAAUGGUAUAAUAGAAAGAGGUACAGAGUUGAUGGUGUGGUAUGGAGCAGCAUAUGGAAAUUGGCUAGGAAUAUCACCAGGGGAAUUUUUCAAACCACAGCUGAAAGAACGGGACCUUCAGCGAUGGUGCAGUGAAUGCAAGAUAUUAUUCAGCACUCGGAAGUAUUUCCUUCAACACGAACACAGAUGCCAGCAGAUCACCAAACAAAAUGCUGAGAAGCAUGACAAAAAAUCCACUAAAGAAAUGUCUAGCAAACAAAGUAACUUGAAAAGAAAACAUGAUACUGGACUCAGCAGAACAUUACGAAAGGAUGAAGUGAACGGCAGUAAGAAUCAUUUUAUGAAAUCCAAGACGUUUGUUCAAAAUGAUGAUUUUGCAGAGCACUGCAAUGUCAAAUUCAGUCUUAGUGUGCCUGGAUCAGCCUGUCUUAGGAAUAUCUCUGAGCAUAUCUCUAAUGUCUGUCAUAAAAAGUAUUGUUAUGAUCAUAUCAGUUCUCUCAAAUCACUUGAAGAGGGUAACAGUGUUACUAGGUCCCAUGACUCUGGUACUCAUGAUGACAAGAUCACUGAGCACAGUAUUAGUUCUCACAGAUCCUUUGAAGACGAGACUGUUUCUAAUCACUAUGAGAGUGCCAUCGUGCUUCCUGAUCACUCUAAGUGUCCAGGCAGGUCUGAGCAGUGUGACAAUACCAGCAGGUGUGAUAACUGUACCAAUACAGGCAGGUCUGAUCACUGUACCAGUCCAGGCAGGUCUGAUCACUGUACCAGUCCAGGCAGGUCUGAUCACUGUACCAAUCCAGGCAGGUCUGAUCACUAUACCAGUCCAGGCAAGUCUGAUCACUGUACCAGUCCAGGCAGGUCUGAUCACUGUACCAGUCCAGCCAAGUCCAAUCACUGUACCAGUCCAGGCAGGUCUGAUCACCGUAUCAGUCCAGGCAGGUCUGAUUACUGUACCAGUCCAGGCAAGUCUGAUUACUGUACCAAUUCAGGCAGGUCUGAUCACUGUACCAGACCAGGCAGGUCUAAUCACUGUACCAGUUCGAACAGGCCUGAUUACAUUGAUAGUCCCAGUAGGUUUGAUUACUCUAACAAUCCCAGCAUGCCACAUGAUCACUGUAACAAUCCUAGUAGGCCUCCUAAUCACUGUAACAAUCCUAGUAGGCCUCCUGAUCACUGUAACAAUCCCAGCAUGACUCCUGAUCACUGUAACAAUCCUAGUAGGCCUCCUGAUCACUGUAACAAUCCCAGCAUGCCUCCUGUUCACUGUAACAAUCCCAGCAUGACUCCUGAUCACUGUAACAAUCCCAGCAUGACUCCUGAUCACUGUAACAAUCCCAGCAUGCCACAUGAUCACUGUAACAAUCCCAGCAUGCCUCCUGAUCACUGUAACAAUCCCAGCAUGACUCCUGAUCACUGUAACAAUCCCAGCAUGCUCAUUAUCAUUGUAAUCAAUCCAGAUGCUCCUGAUCACUGUAACAAUCCACAUGACUCCUGA